AAACAGCUGAUUGUCAAUGUCAAGCAAGUGCUCAAUUAUGUAAACAUAACCUAAAAACUUAGAUUAUUUUCAUCUUAAAUACUAAUUUACCAUGGAGUUAGAACUUUUGAAUACUAACAACCCACAGAGCUCAAGAAAAUUGUCCCCUGUGGGUAAAAUACUCAUUUACACGACAGGUGGAUUAGCAGUGGGAGUCAGUAUUAUUUGCAUACCAUUCGUUUCACCUGCUUUACGUAAAGUUUGUCUGCCUUACGUCCCGGCUACUACAGAGCAACUGCUUGGAGUGACCAAGGCUUUAGCUGGAAGAAGCGGAAGACUAUUGGAUGUGGGAUCUGGCGAUGGGCGCAUUGUCUUCACAGCUGCACGACUUGGGUUCAAAGCUGAUGGAGUGGAACUGAAUCCCUGGCUGGUGUACUACUCGAGAAUAGCCGCCCUCUUCACACCGCAAUGCCGCGACACAAACUUCUACAGAAAAGAUUUGUGGAAGUUUUCCCUGAAACCAUACAAUAACAUUGUCAUAUUUGGAGUCGAGCAAAUGAUGCAGGAAUUUGAGACAAAAUUGGUGAAAGAAGCAAAUAGUGACACCACUGUGGUUGCGUGUAGAUUUCCACUGCCUAACUUAGUGCCAGUUGAAACUAUUGGACAUGGAGUAGACACAGUUUGGAAGUAUGAAAUAAAACGAUAAAAUUGUAACUUUGUUUUAAAUAUGUAAUCUUAAGUUCUUAGUUUAUAGUACAAGAUAAUACAACUAUCAGAAUCG